AGUGGGCCAUUCAGCAUGGACAACGAGCGCAAGGAUAAAGGAUCCGUUUACUCGGUCGGAAGCCGUAAUCACCUGGUGUCGAUAAGAUCCAGAAAAACCUUCUUUAAGAAGCAAAAUCAAAUUUCCAAUCUCUUGGUGAUAUUUCUUUGCUUCUUGGUGGGUUUUUUAGCUAUAACAGUUCUGAUGCUCGCUAUACUUUAUGCGUGCAACAGUAUAGUGAAGAUAUGUGACAGCGAGGACUGCAUGCGAAUAGCGGCUAGUUUGAAGGAAUCUAUGGAUGUGUCUGUAGAUCCUUGCGACAAUUUUUAUCAGUACGCGUGCGGCAGAUGGUCGGAGAAGCAUCCUAUCCCGGAUUCCAGCCUGACGAAUUCCUGGUUCGACGAGCGCAGCGAUCGCAUGUUCAGGAAGAUCAGAGAUCUGCUAAAUGUCAAUAUGUCUGCCAGUGAGAUACCGUGGGCGGUGAUGCAGGCCAAGACUCUGUUCGCCAGCUGUAUGGACGUGUGUACGUUUUUGUUUAAUUAGGAAGAUGUCAUUAUGUCAAUCAAAGAAAUAAAUAUAUAAUACAUUUGGACGUCGAUAACUCGAACCUCNUCAAAUUACAUCGAACAACUUGCCAGUGUAAAGAGAAAUUUGGGCUAUGACGUUUUCUUUGGUUUCGAUGUUGAGCCCGAUCCAAAGAACAACAGCAAUAAUAUAAUCGCAUUCUACUACCCGAGUCAUUCCAAUCCUUUUCCUACUUUUACCAAUAAAGAAUUAAAGAAACGGUUGCAAAAUAUCAAAUCGCGAUUGCGAAAACUGGAUGAUUUUGAUAAUAAAAAGUUAAACGAGAAGGAAGAAGCUGAGGCAGCUGAGAUUACCUAUAUAACGGAUGUUAUUAAACAAGUCCUUAGCAAUGGCACUGUUGAUGAAUGUACCUCGAACAAUGAAUCGACGAUACUGGGAAAUGAAUUGGAAAAAUUUGUCCAUAUACUUUACAAUAUUAGUAACACCCUCUAUUACGUAAGUACUUUCCGAUUAAAUCAAAAUAUUUUCAAAGAAAACUUGAGCGAUAGCGAUUAUAUGCUAGUAGAUGAUUUGCAAAGAUUGACGGACGAGUAUAUAAUGAACAAUAUUAAUUCGUCUAUCACACCUAAACCGAUUUGGCGUCCUUUCAUUGAAUCCCUUUUUGAGGGAAUCGCUAAGUUGGAUCUUGAUAACAGAGAUAAAAUUCUUGUCGGCAAGUAUUUGGAGUAUUUGAAAAAUGCUGCAUUAAUAUUAUCUACUUACUCAGAGCAAGAUCUAGAAAGCUAUAUUUGGUGGAGCGUCGUGAAGAUUGUGGUGCCUCACUCUUCCGAAAAGCUCAGAAAUAUUUGGUACGAAUACGUGAAUGAUUUAAUGGAUGUAGAAGUAGGCAAACCACGCUCAAUGACCUGUGCAGUAAUUGCAAAUGAAUUAAUGGGAAUGGCUGUAUCGUGGCUGUUCGUAGACCCAACAUUCCACGAUAACGAAAUUAAUAAAGUGCAGGAAAUGCUAUAUGAUAUAACAGAAUCGUUCGCCUCGCUUGUCAUUAACACGGAUUGGAUGGAUCAAUCGACGAAAACGGCAACACUCGAAAAGAGUCAAAAUAUGGGUUCGGCAAUUGGAUUCCCCACGUGGCUCCUCGACGAGGAAAAGCUCGAUAAAUAUUACAAGGGCAUAAGUCUGUCGGAAACGAAUUACCUGGAGAAUAUGGUACAAAUAGUUCGAUUGCAAUGGAACGCCAUGUGGACGAGCUUACAAGACGAAAAUUUAGAUAGUGAGUCAUACUGGGCAACUGAUCCUACCGACGUAAACGCAAUACAUAGCAUGCAACUUAAUCAUAUAACCAUACCUGCUGGAAUUCUUCAAUUUCCAUUCUAUGAAUUGGGUCUUGCAGCCUUAAAUUACGGCGCCAUCGGCGUGAUACUUGGGCAUGAAUUAACUCAUGGAUUCGACAAUAAGGGCCGGCAUUUCGACAGUGUGGGAAAUCUCCGACAAUGGUGGACCAAUGAAACCAUUUCGAAGUACACGGACAAAACUCAGUGUUUCAUAGAUCAUUAUAAUAGUUAUUACUAUAGCGAGAUCGACAUUUCCGUCGAUGGCGAACAGACUUUGGGCGAGAACAUCGCCGAUAAUGGUGGCCUUCACGAGGCCGUGAUCGGUUACGAGAGGUGGAAGGCCCGGCACGGUCGGGAGCCUCUACUUCCGGGAUUCACGAAGUUUACGCACGAGCAGUUACUUUUCCUUUCUUACGCGCACAUAUCGUGUGAGUCUUAUAUUGCUGCAUCACUGAAGUGGAUGCUGCAGCACGAUUCUCAUUGUCCUUUUCACGUGAGACUUGAGGCUGUAUUAAAGAAUUCCAAAGAAUUUAGUACCGCGUGGAAUUGUCCUGCAGGCUCGAACAUGAAUCCGUCGAAAAAGUGUCGUGUAUGGUAA